AAUUAAUUUGAUUAGUAUUACCAGGAAUCCAAGUUUUCACCUUUUCUAGUAUAAGAAUAUUUCUUUUCUACAUAUUUUACCAAAGUUUUAUUCAUGUGAUUCAAGAUCUAACCUGCCACGAUUUUCAGGCUGAGAAACUGCCAAAAUGUCAGAGAGCGAGGCAACUGCGGGAGUGGACGCCGCUACCGUAGAAGGCGAAAAAGUAAAGGCGAUAAACGGCGUGAAGGAAGUGGAACAGGAGACGGAGGUCAGAUUGCAGAACGGGGACUCUGAGAAGCCGCAGAUAAAUGGAGACGUGGCAAAGGAUGAAGAAACAGUGAAUGAAGUGGAACAAAAUGGGGACAGUAAAGUAAACGAUCACAUGGAGGAGAUGGAGGAUGAUAAGGAAAAGAAAGAGGGGGAGAGAGAAAAGGAGAAGAAAGUGGAGGAGGAGGAGAAGAUGGAGGUAGAUAAAAAGGGGGAGGAGGAGGAGGAGGUGGUGAAGGAGGAGAAGAGAGAGGAAGGACAGACCAAAGAGGCUGAUGGAAAGAGAGAGGUGGAAGAGAGUGAAGGGAAGAAAGAGUCACAGAAGGAAGAUAAGAAAGAGGGUGGGGAGGGGCAGAUGACGAAGAAGAGUGAGAAGGAUGGCAAGGAGGAGGAGGCCAUGGAGGUGGACAGAGACAGUGAGGUGAGCAAAGACAAAGCCGAGGAAAAGUCGGCAGACAAGGACAAGAAAGAGAAAGAGGGGGAGCAGGAGGAGGAGGAGAAGGAGAAGGAGAAGGGAGAGGGAAAGAGUGAUGCGAGUGCGGACAAGAAGAAAGAACCCAGCAAAAGUGACAGCGGGGGUGGUGGGGGUGGCGGGGGCGUUAGUAGUAGCAACAAGGAGAAUGCCAAAGAUGUCGCCGGCAAGAAGGAUGCCAAGAAGGACAAGAUUUCCAAGGAGGUGGAAGAGGUGAAGGAGGAGCCGCUGGCCACCCGGCAACUGCGAGUCCGCAAGACCCCCAAGAAGUACACGGAGGACGACGACGAUGUCAAGAUCACCGAGGAGGUGAUCAAGGAUGACAGCAGCGACAUUGAGAUGAUCGAAGAGAGCGAUCCCCUCGCUAUCAGCGACGCCGAUGUCAAGAAGGCCCAACAGAAGGACAAGAAGGAG